AUGGGCCACUACGUCACUCUCGCCACAUGCAACCUCAACCAAUGGGCACUUGAUUUCGAAGGAAACCGCGACCGCAUCUUGCAGUCCAUCAAAGAAGCAAAAAAAAACGGCGCCAGUCUUCGGGUGGGCCCGGAACUCGAGAUUUGUGGCUACGGAUGUCUCGACCAUUUUCUCGAAAAUGACCUUUAUGAUCAUUGCUGGGACAUGUAUUUGCAAAUUUUGGGUAAUCCCGACACCCACGGCUUGCUCUUGGACAUCGGCAUGCCGGUGAUGCAUCGUUCCAUCAAGUAUAACUGCCGUCUUUUGUCGCACGACGGAAAGAUACUUUUGAUAAGACCCAAGUUAUACCUUGCCAACGACGGCAAUUACCGGGAAAUGAGAUACUUCACUCCCUGGAACCGUCCUCAGUACUACGAGGACUUCAAAUUGCCGAAAAAUGCCAGGAAAGUGACAGGUCAGUCGUCGGUUUUAUUUGGCGAUUGUGUGGUGGACACAUUGGAGACGACAGUUGCCGCUGAAACGUGCGAGGAAUUGUUCACGCCGCAAUCGCCCCAUAUUUCCAUGGCACUCGACGGCGUGGAAAUCUAUACAAACUCGCUGGGACUGCACCACGAGCUUCGAAAGUUGGAUACUCGGCUCCAGCUUAUCACCGAGGCCACCAAGAAAUGCGGCGGAGUAUACUUGUACGCCAACCAAAAGGGGUGUGACGGCGACAGGCUCUACUACGACGGAUGCGCGUGCAUUGUUGUUAAUGGCGAAAUGGUGGCUCAAGCGCUGCAAUUUUCGCUUAGUGACGUUGAGGUAGUCACGGCCACCAUCGACCUUGACGACGUUCGUUCUUUCCGAAACCAAAAACUGGCGGCGAUGCAGGCGGUUGCGUCCACCCUGUACCACCACAUAGACACCACCAUUGAGCUCUCGCCGUCGGCUAACGUGUGGAACGGCAUUGCACCCACUUCCCCGAUUCCCGUUCGCAUCCAUUCUGCCGCCGAAGAAAUUGCCUUGGGGCCCGCGUGCUGGCUCUGGGACUACUUGCGGCGGUGCAGAGCCGCUGGGUUCUUUCUACCUUUGAGCGGUGGAAUCGACUCGUGUGCAACUGCCGUUAUUGUGCAUCUGAUGUGCCGGUUGGUGGUCGCGGCCGUGGAAAAUCACGACCACCAGGUGAUUUCCGACGUUAAAUCGCUUGUUCACGAUGACUCGUUUGUGCCUAAAACCCCCCAGGAACUCGCUGACAAGUUGUUCCACACGGCGUUCUUGGGAACAGAAAAUUCCUCGGGCGACACCAGAAGUCGUGCCAAAGAAUUGGCUGCAAAAAUUGGAUCUUUUCACGUCGACUUGAAUAUGGACACUGCGGUCAGCGCCGUGAUCUCUGUGUUUGAAGUGGCUACCGGCAGAAAGCCCAUUUUCAAGGUUUUUGGUGGCUCGCAAACGGAAAAUCUUGCCCUUCAAAAUAUCCAGGCUCGGCUUCGAAUGGUGCUCAGCUAUAUGUUUGCGCAGCUUUUGCCAUGGACUCGGCUGAAAACAGGUGGCCUUCUUGUGUUGGGAAGCGCCAAUGUCGACGAAUGUUUGCGUGGGUACUUGACGAAAUACGACUGCUCCAGUGCCGAUAUUAACCCCAUUGGCGGAGUGUCAAAGACAGAUCUCAAGAGGUUCAUUCUGUGGGCAGAAAAAGAGUUCGACAUGCCCAUCUUGAAGCAGUUUUUGGACGCUACUCCCACUGCUGAAUUGGAACCCAUAACUGCCGACUAUGUCCAGAGCGACGAGAUCGAUAUGGGUAUGACUUACGAUGAGUUGUCGAGGUUUGGACGGUUGAGAAAAGUCGACAAGUGUGGUCCGGUGGCCAUGUUUGUGAAACUUUACCACGAAUGGUCUCAGCCUCCACGGUCGUUGACCGCCGACCAGGUGGCCGAGAAAGUGAAAAAGUUCUGGUUCUUUUACGCUAUAAACAGACACAAAAUGACCACCAUGACACCAGCGUACCACGCCGAACAGUAUUCUCCAGAUGAUAACCGGUUCGACUUGCGUCCAUUUUUGAUCAAUCCCCGGUUCCCAUGGGCAUCGAAGCAGAUUGACGAGAUCGUGGCGGAGAUGAAGCGCCAUGAAAUCGACACAAAGUCGCUCCAGGAGGACUUGACUGUUGACUGA